CCCGUGCCAAUGCAACAGCGACUGAUUUCAGAAUGGCGACUGUCUCAAUCUAGGAGGGUACUGGAUUCACGCUCGUUUGUGGCACUCUGUGUGACUGACGCGUGUCCGCGAGGCCUUCUAUGCCAGACCGUGACGUGGGAUUCGCUGAGAAUGAUAAUCGACAAUCCGGACCAGUUCAAGGCGUGGCUCACCGCCGUGCUGGAGCCGCUAUGUGAUGCAGAUCCUGCUGCUUUGGCUAAAUAUGUCUAUGCUUUGGUUAAGAAAGACAAAACUUGGGAAGAACUACGAGGUGGUAUGGUUGAACAGUUGGAUGUAUUUUUGCAGCAAGAAACCAAAAACUUUGUGGAAUUGCUCUUUAAGACAUUGGAGACACAGGAGUAUGUGUUUCCACCACCUAAAAACGACCCAGAUGGAGGUGGGACACCACCUGGCGUAAAUCCAGCAGCCCCCCCAAUUGUAUCAUCGUCAACAGAGAAAGUAAUAGAUGCGACAAUUCCGCUAGUACCUAUGAUUACAAAUCCCCCCACUCCACUUCAAAUUAAUGGAUCUGCACCUGCUGUAAUUAGUAAACGCGAGACUAGAAAAUCUGAUUCGGAUAAGGAUAAAGAAAAGGAAAAGCGAUCUCGAAGCAGGAGUGGGAGAAUGAGAUCAAGAACACGAUCACGAUCGCGAUCAUGGGAAAGAGACAGACGUAGAUCCAGAAGUAGGGAACACAUCCGGCGUGAUAGAGAAAGAGAUAGAAGUCGCCCGUGGCGAAACGAAUCUCCACCGAUUAGUACCAGACGACAUGAUCGCCGGCGUACCAGGAGUCGCAGUACAUCACCGAUACGACCUAGGAUACGUGACGGUCCAGAUAAUCGCGAUCAUCGAGCGAGGUUCAGGAACAGAUCUCCAACGCCACUUCGAUCUCGAUCGCGUUCAAGAUCAGUAGAGCGGAAGAAGAUUGAUCGCUUCGAGAGGAUAGAGGUAGAUAGAACGGAUCGAAUUGAGGGAAGUCCCGGUGGUGGUACACCGACUCAAGAUAGUAAUCACGGGGAUGUAGACAUGAGAUUGUCUACGACUAGUCAAUCGAUACAAAGUGUUGUCGCUGUUGCGAGUAGUAUUCCAAAUAAUCAGACAAGUUCUUUUCAACCACAAACAAAGAGACGUUGCAGAGAUUUUGACGAAAAGGGAUAUUGCAUGAGGGGAGACCUUUGUCCUUACGAUCAUGGUACGGAUCCAGUUAUAUUGGAAGAUGUGGCACUUAGUGUUUUGAAUUUUGGACCUCAUGGCGCUCAAGGUCCAGGAACAGUUCCAGUGGGCACGGUAUCAGAACCACCGCAGGGUCCUAAUGGUAACCCACCACCGCCACAUCUUCCUCUUACUACUUUACCACCUCCUCACUUAAGAAACCACCAUUCUAAUAUGGAUGCUUUUGCAGAAUAUAAUCCAGACGCACCUAGCAUGGAGCCACGAAUGCAAUGGGGUAGACACCCGCAACCCACAUCUGGGAUCUAUGGCAGGGGGCAAAGGGAGCUAAUCAGUGUGCCGGUUAUUCCUCACACAAACUCAUCAGAAAUAACUCAUACUCAGAACAACCCGCUAAAACGCAAACAAACGUUCGACUUUAAUCGACUUGGACCGAAGCAGAGAGUAGUGCAUAAUCCUGCCAAUUGUUCUCUCGAAUUGAAAAAGGUUCCGCGAAGUUUAAACAAUAUAACUCAAUUGAAUAAUCACUUUUCCAAAUUCGGUAAAAUUGUAAAUAUCCAAGUUAAUUUUGGCGGCGAUCCUGAGGCAGCGUUGGUUACCUUUCAACUGCCAGCUGAAGCAAAGUCUGCUUAUAGAAGCACAGAGGCUGUGUUAAAUAAUAGAUUUAUUAAAGUAUUUUGGCAUAAUAACGUCAAUAAUAACGCGGCUGGUGGAGCUAUCGAAAAUGUGCCACCCGGUCGUCCCUCUGUGAAAGAAAGGCUAGGCGCCGCGGUAACAUUACCGACGAAAACUGAAGAUAACGAGUACGUUCCCACGCGUCGUUCGACCGAGGAACAAAUCACGCAAACCUUAGUUCCAACCUCACCUAAAGCUGCCGUUGUUCCUACUCGAGAAGAUAAGGUUCUAGCGAUAAAGAAAACGCAAGAGAUAUUAGCGGCUAAGGAAACAUUAAAGAAGAAGCAAGAGGAGAAGCGUAAGGAGGCGAUAAAGCUGACCGCUGAUUUGCGCAAGAGGAAACAAGAACUCCUAGACAAGCAUCUGAUCGAGUUACGCGUCCUGAUUGACAAAGCUGAGAAGAAUCCGGAGCAAAAGGAGUCUAUUAUGUCGACGAUAAAAGCUAUGCAACAGUCGGUUGACAAUUUGCGCAAGGAUUUGGCCGCGAACGGUCAAAUUGGCGGUAACAAAUCGCAAGUGAAGUCUAGGGAGCAGGCCCAAAAGGAAAUACUAGAUGCCGAGUUAGAUUUAAUGACUGCGCAACAAGAGGGUCAAGACGCUGGCGAAUUGCAAAAAAGAUUGAAUGAACUUCGGGCCCAAGCGGCCGCGUUGGGUUUGAACACUAAUCCCGGCGUAGGUAGAGGCACGAAAGUCAGCCGGGUCGCACGCAGCGCCCACGUGCUAUCCUUCAGAGGCCGUGGCAGAGGGAGUUUUGCCCAUGUCUCGGUGGAUCAUCGGCCAACAGGUCUUUUAGUUUCCGGUUAUGAAACUGAAGAGAAAGCGGAAGUUCUAGCACAUUUUCAACAAUUUGGUGAAAUAGUGAAUCAAAUAGUUGAUGAUGCGACUCCUUCGAUCGUGAUCAAUUUCAAAUCGAGAAAGGAGGCUGAGGUGGCCUUAGUGAAGGGACGCACAUUUCAAGACAGAUUGUUAUCGAUAACUUGGGUGUCAGGCCAUCAUCUACAUCGUGGAGGAGCUGGCACUAACUCGAGCACAUCUAUGCAACUCUCAUCGCGUUCCGAACAGACUGCACCUACUGCAGAUGAAGAUAUUGACUUAGAAGGAACGGAGGCGUUACUCUUAGAGGAAAAUGAGGAGGAGGAAGACGAGGACGGUGAGUCGCGUAGCUGGCGACGAUAGCAGCAUCGGCGUCAACAUCAGUAUCGUUUAUGACAGGAGCUUGGUGUCAAAUGUAACGACAGCGUGAUUAUCCAGGCCGAUUAUCGUACGCGACCUGGUAUUUACGCAUACAUUGUCGCACCAUCGUUUGAUGCAUUCAUUGCCAUGAUUUUCACGAAGAAAUCGAAUUACAUCAUGCUCAUCAUCAGCGUUAUCAUGAGUGUUACACUAUUUGUUAAUAUUUUAUUGAAUAUACUACACACACAUGCGCACCAGUGACGGUACGAUGUACCAUAUUAUGCGGUGCAAAUAGAGAAAGGAAAAAAAAGGAGAAAAAUGAAUCAACAUGCAAGAACAAAAAUAACUAACCAAAA